AUGGCCAAUUCCAAACCCCAAAAGCAACCUUUCUGGUUGGGGGGUGCCGCUGCCUCAAUGGCUGCGUGUUUCACUCACCCACUAGACCAGACCAAAUACCGCAUGCAAGUUAUCGCAUCCAGACAAAACAUGUUGAGGACGAUGUUCCAAUUUGCAAGUCGUGAUGGUAUCACAUCCCUUUGGUGGGGUAUAUCCGCUUCGAUGCUUCGACAGUCAACGUAUUCGACUGCACGGUUCGGGCUGUACAAUCAUUUCGCAAGCGAGGCCCGGCAAAGAACAGGUCAACAACAAUUGUCGAGCCGAGUAGAGGUCGCUUGCGCGGGAGCAGCGGGAGGCCUCGCUGGUCUGGUGGGAAAUCCGACUGAAGUCGCUCUCGUUCGAAUGUGCGCAGAUGGCGCCCGACCACCAGCACAGAGAUUCGGGUAUGCACACGCAUUCGACGCUCUGCUCAGGAUCGGCAAAGAAGAAGGCAUUCGAACCUUCACCCGUGGUCUGGGACCAAACGUCGUCCGCAGCAUCAUAAUGAACGUUUCGCAGAUUGCCACGUACUCCGCAGCCAAACGCGAGCUGUUGUCCAAUCCUUCCCUCGGUCUCAAAGAUGGCAUGCCGACACACUUCCUUGCUUCCCUUCUGGCUGGAACAGUGGCAACAACGGCCUGCGCCCCAGCAGAUGUCUUGAAGAGCAGGGUACAAAAUGCUGUCGUUGUGGACGGGGUCAGACCGAGCGUAAGAAGGAUAAUCGUCGACUCGUUCCGAAAUGAAGGGCCACGAUUCCUGAUGAAAGGCUGGACUCCAGCUUGGCUGCGACUAGCGCCUAACACCGUCCUCACCUUUAUCUUCAUCGAACAACUCCAGAAACUCGUCAACCUAUCGAGAGAUGCAAGCCCCGCAAAGCCCCUAGUCGCAGCUGCGCCUGUCCAAAAAGCCUAG